AUGAAAGUCCAAUAGUAUCUAAACCACUGUCGAUGUAUCCUCCGGCUGCUGAUAAUUACGGAACAGAUUUUUGUUCUAUCAUGUGUCUACAAACUACCCCUCCAAUAGUAGUUAUUGCUAUGUGUACUGGAAAGAUUUACCAUGCGAUCCUGUUGAAAGAGUUGGAGGAAAAUGGUAAUGAUGAAACGACUACGACUCAGUACAAUUACACUAGUAAUUGUCAAACAUCAGAAAAGGAUGCAUUAUACGUAUACGAGUAUGCUGAAAUUGAAUUAGGUCUUUCCUUUGGGGAUAAUGAUGAGAAGUAUAAUUGUCCGAUACAUCUUCGGUCCGAUAAGGGUAACAAGUCAAGAUACUUUUGUUCUCACAAUGCGGGAAUCCAUAUGAUCAAUCUGCCCAUGGUCUCUCAGUUAGAAGAAUAUAUCAACGAAGCGGAUG